ACCGUUUGACAGUUGAGUUAGUUUCCUUAUUUUUUUGUGGAAUGGUUCUAAAGUAUCAGUACUGUUUUGUUCCUUUUAUGGAGGGAGUUUGUAAUGGGCAACGAAAAUAGCAAAUGCUGGAUUGAGUUUAUGAAGAGAGGAUAAAAAUCAAGUGCUUUCACGCUAUAUUUGUCAAACAGAUAUAGAAGUAAGAAAUAAAACAUGGUUGAAAACUCUCCUUCACCGUUACCUGAAAGAGCUAUCUAUGGCUUUGUUCUGCAGUUAGGUUCCAGAUUUGCAUUUGGUUUGUACUUAGUCUGGGCAUAUGUCCCUGAAUCCUGGCUGCACUCUGUGGGACUUACAUACUGGCCUCAGAAAUAUUGGGCUGUUGCUCUACCAGUCUACUUCCUUGUUACUGUAGCCAUCUGUUACCUGUUGUUGUUUGGGAUAAACAUGAUGAGCACUGCGCCACUGAACUCUGUUGAUACAGUGCUAGACACUUAUGCAAAAAGUCAACAGUUUAAAGAUUUCCAGGAGGAUGCUAUCCCUGCAUUGAUGGACAUCCCAAUCAGUGAAGUCAAUAGAAGAUUCUUCCUGACACCUCAUCUUUCUGAGUGUACAGCUAAUAAUCAUUGGCUACAGUGAUCAAAAAGUGCUUCCUGUCUUCUUUUAUACUUUCUGAAUUUGCUUUGGGUGUAGGGUGGAAAAAAUGUGUUGUUGAAGUUUUGGUCAUGUAGUCAUUUAAGCUGGGGCUAUUGUAUAUAAACUCUGCUAAAUUAGUUAAAAGUUAGUAGUUUGUUAUUUGCAUUUUGCAUUUCUACUUGCCAUGUCAUCUUUGUACUUUUAGUUGUAUUAUGCUGAUUUUGUGUAGCACAACUAUUGUAAUUGUAUUAAAACUUCAGAAUAUGGUGGAUGGCACUAAAAGUUCAAUACACUCUGUUCUUGACACAUUUCAAUAAAAUGCUGUCUCUUACCAAUUCCA